AUGAUAUUGUUACAAAGACAUUUCAUUAUUAUUGAAAUACUUUUAAAUUUAUUAAUUUUUUCAAACAAAUCUACGGUGGUGGCUGGAUCUCUAAUUAAUGACAUAUCUUCACAGUUUUUAGCUUUAUACAAAAGAGAUGACUCUGAUACUAACACUAAUAGUGAUGGUGAUACUAUGGCUAUGAAUGAUGUAUUUGGUGAUUCAAGUUGGCAGUGGGGACGCUGGAUUUUGUUUAUUCUAUUUAUUAUUGGGUUUUUCGCUGUCUUUUUCUUAACUUUUACAGCAAAUAGAAGAAGAAUCAAUAGGGGUGAGGCACCAAUUAGAGGUACUUCAUGGAUCACACCACCUUCAUAUAGGCAAUCAGAACAACAGUACCAUGGAACUACACAACGUGCAGUAGAAGAUUAUGUGCCAGAAUAUACAGAAGAGGCAAAUAUUAAUGAUUUAGGUUACUAUGAUGAAAGAGGGCAAUUCCACCCAAAUACUAAAGCAGAAUAUUUACCACCUCCACCUUUGGAACCAAAUCUUACGUCAUCUCCAACUGUUUCAUCUGCAUGGAUUAAUAAGAAUACUAUAAAUAUCGAGACACCUAGUAGAGCGGUUGUACAUGAAAAUGAGGUUGAUUAUACUAGACCAAGUUUUGCAGCACAACAAUACUAUAAUAUGUCUCCUCCAAUACAGGGUAAUCCCUUGGCUAGAGAAUCACAAGCAAAUCAUAUAGAUCAAAAUAAUGGAAUACAAGAAUACGCUACUUCACAGACUUCUCAAUUUUCAUCAGAGACGACAAUAUCAACACACGUGAACAAGACUAGUAUUAAAGCAAAUGUCAAUAAAGAAAAUUAA